AUGAAGAAAGCUAUAAAGAUAAAAAUGAGAGAAAAAAACAAUUCUUUAAUCAUACAGGAGAGCUAGUAGACCCAAUCGAAGUUAGUGAAAGGCUCCAUAAAUAGAAGAAAGAGCCUCCUUGUCCAAAAUAUGAGCCAAAGAAGGAUUUAUCUGAAAAGGAAUGCACUUUUAAACCGCAAAUUAAUGAAAAUUCUCGAAACCUGUCUAAAAUAUACCACUAAAAACAGAGUGCAAAGAAUCAAAAGAUCCAUCCAGGAUAAGAAAAUGGUGAGGCAAAAAGAUCUGUAUCAGCGCCUCCGAUCUAAAUCCAAAGGUAAGAAAAAUCACCAAAAUAACCAUGGAGAUGGUGAUGAGAAUAGUAAAAGUGAAGAUGCAACAAUUUAUACUGUUGUAAAUUCAAGCCAGUUAAAAUCUAGUACAGCUAGCUAAGGAAGAAAAGCUAAUGAAAAUAUUCCUUUUGAAGAAACUAUUUAUGCUAACAAUAUGACACCAAAUUAAAAUUAGUAAAAUUACCUUGAAUAUUAAAGAUAAGUUAACCUUUCUCCAAGAAACGAUUAUAACCAAAAUCCAUUAACCCCUUAUAAUUUUGCCCCAUAAAAAGCAGCUGCACCUGUUUAUGAAAAAUAAAUUAAUAUUAGAGAAGAAAUUAUCUAUUAACAUCCAAAUAAUAAUGAUCAAAGAUACUAACCUUAAAGAAUAUCAAAGUUAAAAUAAUUGUAAGAGCACUCCGUUUAAACUUCAGAGUUUAUUAAUGCAAGCAAUGAUGUUCCUGAAAAUACAAAUCCUGUUCCAUUUGACCCAAAUCUUAAUAAAAACUAUUUCAAAUAUCUUUAAAUGAGAGAAGACAUCGAGUAAGAAGGAGCUUAAAUAGCUGAAAAUCCUCCUAUCCUUUAAUCGUUUUCUAAUUAGCCCUAAGAAUAACCAGCUGCACCAAUCAAAAAAUCCUUUGGUAUGUAAACUUCAGAAUAAAUUCAGUAAAGCAAAUUCAAUAAAUCUACAAGCAUAAAAUCAUCAGAAAUGUAAAGUGAACGUGCUCCUAUUGAAUUUGAUCCAAAUUUAAACAAAAAUUAUUUUAAAUUUCUAUAAAUGCAAGAUGAAAUAGAAAAGGAAAAAGGCUUAUUGCCUCACUUUGCGUCUUAGUAAUAGUCUGUGGUUUAAUCGAAGGUUUUUCCUAAUAUAUCUCAGCAGUUAUCGCCAAAGCAAGCUUAGAUUGAGAAAAAUAAUGUUAGUCUUUAGACAUCUGAUUAUUUGAUGUACUUGAAAAGCUAAUCUUAGUCAAACCAAGAUGGUAAUUAUAAAGAAAAUAAGCUAUAUGGAGAAUACUCACAUGAAGAAACUCCAAAACAAUUUGUGCCAUUCGAUCCAAAUUUAAAUAAGAACUAUUUUAAAUUUCUAUAAAUGGAAGAGGAAAAAUAAAGGGAUGAUGAUAUUUUAAAAUAAUAAUUCAUACCAAAUUCUUAAAAAAAAUCUAAGCAAUCAAUUGAUGACAGACUUUCUUCACUUUAAAGCGUUGAUCAUAUCAAUACAAAAAAAUAUGAAGAAGAAACCCCAAAGCAGACAGUUCCAUUUGACCCUCAUUUAAAUUAAAAUUAUUUUAAAUAUUUAGCUAUGCAAGAUUAAAAUAGUUUGAAUUAAUCAGCGAAUUCUUAAAAGCAAGAUUAAUAACUCUAGUCAAACCCUUAAACAAAGUAAUUCCCUGAAAAGAGUAACUCGCCUUUAAAGAGGUCACAAAAGUUUUAUCAGUAGCCUCCUUCUCCCUCUAACUAGAAUAAAAACAGUAGCAUGAAGAGUAGCAUUUCAAAUUAAGAUUAAAAUAAAAAUUAUAAACUAAAUGGAAGUAUCUUUUACUGUGAUGAAGAGCCAGCAGCACUCUAAACAGAUGAUCCAUUUAUGACUAACUCUUAAAAAUAGUAAUAAAAUUUGAAUAAUGAUAUUUAGAAGAAAGACUCAGGGCUUGAUGAUUUUAGACAGAAUCUUCAUAAAAGUAAUUUUUAAAAACCUUAAGAAAUGUAAAUAGCAUAAAAGCCUGAUAUUACUAUAUCAUCAAUAAGAUCAGUCAGCCCAAGAAUUGAUAAAAAUUCUUAAAAUAUAUAGCAUUCUGUGUCACCCAGAAAUGAAAUUCCAUAAAAAAAGUAUGAUAAAGACAACAAAAAAGUUAACUUACCUCAAUUUAAUUCUAAUGGAUUGUAGUUGAGUCAGUCUUAAUCUUAAUUGUUUUAAAGUAAAAUGAGAGGAUAAAUUACAGAAUAAGAAUAAGAAGCGCUUGAAUAAGUUUACAAUAUUUUAAAAACAUGUCAAAGAGGUCCUCAACUCAAAAAAGCGGAUGUUGAUUUAAAUAGUUUACCAUUUGAUGUAGUUUUAAAGAGUCACAUUGAAAUCAUUUUGAAAAAUUUCGAUAACUCAGAAAUAAUUACACUUCAAGGGUUCUUUUAAGCUUCUGAAAAGAGCAACAAUCUUAAUCUUUUCUUAAAUGAGUGUCAAGAUUUUCUUAAAAAGAGAUAAAAAAAUUGA